UCGGGCGCAGCCCCCAUUUGCUAUGGAAACCUUUUUCAGAAAGCACUUCAGAAAGAAGAAUGUGUCAUCAGGGUCCUGCCGUAGCAGCGUGGUGGCCCUGCCUGCCAGCAAAGCAAGGCGACGCUCUGUGGUGGGCCAGGCCUCUGCCAUGCUAGUACAACGCCGGCGCAGAUCCAGUGCCCAGCUGAAAGGGCUGUCAUGCUUGGGUUCCCGGCGCAAACCUAGGUCGAGUGCCCGGAGGCGAUCCAGCACCACCGCCCCUCAUCUCAGCCCUAGAUUUUCUGUCCAGAAGAAGCGUGGGGGCCAAAUGCGCACCAUAGACGCUCAUCUUUUAGGCCCCUCCAUGCUGCUGGCCAGCCUCAUCCAAGUAUGUAAGGAAGAGGAAAGGAGGCAGACACCUUGUCCUGAGGGCUCCAGCCCAGAAACUCCUGAGGAGGGGCUAGAGGAGAGUGACCAGAGUGAGGAAGCAGCCUCCUCAGGCUCUGAAGGAGCUAGCUUGACAGCAGAUCAGGAGAGGAAGGAGCUGCAGAGAGAGCUUUCACUGUCUACCUGUCCCCCCAUGCAGGACUCUGCUGGCUUGAGGCCUCUCCUCCGAGGCCCUUGCUGCCUGCGCCGCAGCUCCUCCCACCUCCUACCUGCAGAGUUUGUACACGGCAAAGCAACCUAUGGGCUUCAAGGCCGCUACAGAUGUUUGAGCCAACAGCGACGCUCGAGUGAAACUCCCAAGCCAGGUGCUUUGCUUCAGACUGCCAAAAUGCGGAGAGCUGCCAGGAGGUGGAAGGUGCCUGCUGGAACCAGGUGGCUGUCGGCAACUGCACACACGUUCCUUGGAAAGGAUUCUGUCCAUAGUAGCUGUCUAACUGACUUCUGUGAUGGCUGCAGUGCCCAACUGCCAAAAGCCAUUGCCAAAUCUGGUCUCCAGCAUAUGGUAGCACAGCCAAUCCCUACGCUAGCCCUGAGAAGGGACUCAGAGAGGGAAAUUCGCAGUACUGUCGACUGGAGUGAGGCUGCAAUUUAUGGGGAUCACAUCUGGUUUGAAACCAAUGUCUCUGGGGACUUCUGCUAUGUAGGAGAACAAAACUGUGUAGCAAAAAUGCUGCAAAAACCAAUGUCCAAGCGCAAGUGUGCAGCCUGCAAGAUUGUAGUUCACACACCAUGCAUAGAACAGCUAGAGAAAAUAAAUUUCCGCUGCAAACCUUCCUUCAAGGAAUCUGGAUCAAGGAACGUCCGAGAGCCUACAAUAGUGCGGCACCAUUGGGUACACCGGAGGCGCCAGGAAGGGAAAUGUCGACAGUGUGGAAAGGGGUUCCAGCAGAAAUUUGCCUUUCACAGCAAGGAGAUUGUAGCCAUCAGCUGUUCCUGGUGUAAGCAAGCAUAUCACAGUAAAGUUUCAUGCUUCAUGCUGCAGCACAUUGAGGAGCCCUGCUCUCUUGGGGCACAUGCUGCAGUUGUUGUCCCUCCCACCUGGAUUCUGCGGGUCCGGCACCCCCAAAAUCCUCUCAAGUCAAGUAAGAAAAAAAAAAGGACCUCAUUCAAGCGGAAAUCCAGCAAGAAGGGACCUGAGGAGGGGCGAUGGAAACCCUUUGUCAUCAAGCCCAUCCCAGCACCACUCAUGAAGCCACUUUUGGUGUUUGUGAACCCCAAGAGUGGCGGAAAUCAGGGAACAAAGAUCUUCCAGUCAUUCAUGUGGUACCUCAACCCUCGACAAGUUUUUGAUCUCAGCCAAGAGGGCCCCAAAGAGGCUUUGGAGAUGUAUCGUAAAGUGCAUAACUUACGGAUUCUGGCAUGUGGGGGAGAUGGUACGGUGGGAUGGAUUCUCUCUAUCCUGGACCAGUUACGCCUGAAUCCUCCACCACCUGUGGCCAUUCUUCCUCUAGGGACAGGGAAUGACCUGGCAAGAACACUGAACUGGGGCGGGGGUUACACAGACGAACCUCUUUCAAAGAUCCUAUCACAUGUGGAAGAGGGGGAGAUUGUGCAGCUUGACCGCUGGAAUCUACAGGUAGAACCAAACUUUGAAGCAUAUACUGAAGAGAAGGACGAGACAGCUACAGACAAACUCCCUCUUGAUGUCUUCAACAAUUACUUCAGCCUUGGCUUUGAUGCCCGGGUUACACUCGAGUUCCAUGAGUCCCGAGAGGCCAAUCCAGAGAAAUUUAACAGCCGAUUUCGGAAUAAAAUGUUCUAUGCUGGGACAGCUUUCUCUGACUUUCUUAUGGGGAGCUCCAAAGACUUAGCAAAACACAUCAAAGUGGUGUGCGAUGGGACAGACUUGACCCCUAAGAUCCAAGACCUGAAGCCCCAAUGCCUAGUCUUCCUGAAUAUUCCAAGGUACUGUGCAGGCACUAUGCCUUGGGGCAACCCUGGGGAACACCAUGACUUUGAGCCACAGCGCCAUGACGAUGGCUGCCUUGAGGUCAUUGGCUUCACCAUGACAUCCCUGGCAGCAUUGCAGGUGGGUGGCCAUGGAGAGCGGUUGCACCAGUGCCGGGAGGUGCUGCUUACCACAUCCAAGGCAAUUCCCAUGCAAGUGGAUGGAGAGCCCUGUAAACUGGGUCCCUCCUGCAUUCACAUUUCCCUGCGCAACCAGGCCAACAUGGUGCAGAAGACCAAGAGGCGCAACUCUAUGCCCCCACUUAAUGAACAGCACCCAGUCCCAGAACGGCUACGAAUCCGUGUCAGCCGAGUUGGCAUGCAUGAUUAUGAGGCACUUCACUAUGACAAAGAGAAGCUCAAGGAGGCCUCUGUACCUUUGGGAAUUAUUGUUGUGCCUGGAGAUAGUGACCUGGAGAUGUGCCGAACUCACAUUGAGAGGCUGCAAGAGGAUUUCCCUUCAUGCUCUUCUACUGUUCAAAGCCUAUUCCCUCAGGAAGGAGAUGGAGCCAAACCAAAGACACUGUCGUGCCAGAAGCUGUCCCCUAAGUGGUGUUUCCUGGACUCAACUACAGCAGAUCGGUUUUACAGAAUAGACCGUGCACAGGAGCAUCUGAACUAUGUGACAGAGAUCUCUCAGGAAGAGCUGUUUGUGUUGGACCCAGAGCUAGUGCUUACCCAGACAGUGGGCACGUCUCCUGCCAUGCCUGACCUUGUUGAUGUGCCCUCAACACCCUCAAGGCAACACCUUGCUGUCCCAACUUCAUCACCAUCCAUACCAGUCUCCAGCUCAGAAAUGGGGAGCUGCCACCCCCUCCAAGAUGAUGCUUUGAUAGAUGCUGCCAAGAAUAACGAUUUCCUCAAGUUCAGAGAAGUACACCGUGCUGGAAGUAGCUUGAUGGGGCGAGAUCACACUGGCCAAACUGUCCUGCAUCAUGCAGUCAAAUCAGGGAGCAAGGAGAUUGUCAAAUACAUCAUUGAAAAUGCUCCUGCAGAGAUUCUGGAUGUGGCAGAAGAAGAGAAUGGUGAGACCAGUUUGCACCAGGCUGCAGCCCUUCGCCAACGCACCAUCUGCCAUUACAUUGUAGAGGCUGGGGCUUCCCUGAUGAAAACAGACCUGCAGGGAGAUACACCCAAGCACAAAGCUGAGAAGGCAAAUGAUCCUGACCUGGCUGCCUACCUCGAAAACCGACAGCACUAUCAGAUGAUCCAACGGGAAGAUCAGGAAACAGCAGUGUAGUACUUAAGUGUGCCUUAUCCCUGCCUAGGGGAGCAGGAGCAGAGUGGCACAGGAGCCAGGCCAGCCUUUCCUUGAAUAUCCAGCAUGGAGAGGAUCAAGAGCUACAUUUGGGCUUGGCCAUUGGACUCUUAUUUAUUAAUGUAGUGGGUUUGAGCAGUGCUGACUCCCCGUCCCCCCACCACAUUCCAUGGAUGGACUCUGCUGCUGAAUGUUGCCUCGUUUUCUGACGGGGUCAUAUAGAGGGUCAUUUCUGUUCCCUUAAAGCAUGGGGAAAGAAGAUCUUAUUCUUCCAACCACUGCUGGAGACCCUCCUUAUGAUGCCCCUGCACCUGGUGUGUGAGGUCUCCAAGGGGCAGUGUCUGCAGCCCAUUCUGGUUUUCUGUCAGCCAGUUCCAGCCACCCCUGAUUCCCAGCAGCAAGUGCUGCCUUUCUCAACAGUUCUGCCACUGGCAAUGCACAUUGCCCAGGUAUAUCUUGUUAAUGGAAAUUGCUGGUCCAAUUCAUGAGACAGAACGUCUUUUCGGCAGCCUGCCUUUUAUCUACACAUCACAGCAUUCAGCUGCUUGUGUGGACCUUGGCAAGCAGUCACAUGGACAAGUAUUUGAAGCAAACCACGGAUCAGUCUUGCAUCUUUUCUUUCACAACACAUCAUCCCCUGUUCCCAUUGUUUCAUUUCCCUUAUCCAUGGCCUCCAUACUGCAUGUAACCUUUGCGGGGUGCUUACAUAAGAAGGAGGGAAGACCCUGGUAAAUCCCUUCCCUCCAAGGUGACUGUUGAGUCUGCUAUGCUAUAAAUAGUGACUGUGAGCAAAGUGCCUGUUUGCCCAUCUUUGUUCCUCUCAAGUUUGUUUUUCUCUACUCUCAUGUACCACUUCUCUUCUAAUACUUGCUUGUUUGGAAGAACAACUUCCCUAGCUGUGAAUGUUGUAAAAGCUGGUGUGGAGACAGCCAGAGAGUUACCUGUAAAGGGUGUUCAAAUCUCACCCUGAAAGAAGGCCAUCUGCUGUUGUCACAGCUAGGGACUAAGGGCAGUCUUCUGGUUCUCUUUGUACUAGUAAAGGGGAAUCCCUUUUUGGUGUUGUUCCUUUAAUACACAAAGAUAAACAGACCUGAAUCUGUCAACUAGUACUAAUUGUAUACUGUAUCCAUUUAUCCAAGAGUGAAGAGCUAGAGGUGCUAACGGUAAGAGUGAAGGAAAAAUAUCUGCAUAAUCCCCUAAUUCCUGAUCACAGUAAUCUUGGGAAUUUAUUCCUGGGUCCAGACCAAAUUCGCAUACACAUGCACACCUGUGAAUGGGAAAAUCAGCCUCCCAUUGCUCCAAAUGUAUCCUGAAUCAUUUCAGCUUACUGUUCCAUUCCUUCAUAGCAAGCAGAUGCCUGUUACUCGGCCUGGAGCACUGCAAGCAGUUCCUGCUUCUCUUCCUAAAUUCCUUGCUUAUUCAAGUCUUAUCAGUCCUAACUCCUCAGUCCUUUUGUUUUACUAAAGAAAAAAAUGUUGGAGGAACUCAUACUCUGCAGUGAUCCAGCAUAGGCAGAGUCCCAUUUUCAGCUACAUUUUAACCAAAAUAUUAUGUAACAUUUACAUCUACCAAGCCUGCACAUCUCUAGAUGUUAAAAUGGCUCAUUUCCGCCAUCCUCAAAAUGUAUUGAGCCAGUAGCCAGCUGGCCUGGCACAGGCUCCACAUGGAGUGACAGCAAUAACCAUGGAGACUUGUAGCUGAGUGGUUUGCAGUCCUAUAAGCAGCCAAUCCUGUCAAAUGAUUAGGGAGCUGAGAGCUCUGCUUAGACUUAGGAAGUCUAUAGAAAGAUCUUAACUUUCCCAUUUGAGGGCAAGAACGUUUGAACCACCAUUACACUUGCAACUUUGUUGUGAAACCAUUGGGAGAUUAAUGGCUUCCUCUGGGAGAAUGACAGCCUUGGAAGGCAAGAGAGUACUAAGUAUCAGUGGUUUGCAAAAGAACCGCUUCUUUAUGGAAUAUAUUUGACAUCGGCACAUCUUUAAAAGGUGUGAUAGUCACAGGUAAGCUGAAGGGGCAGGAAAGUUUGCAGAUUAGUCAGUGUUAUAGAUACAGGAGUUUGAAUUUGGGGGGAUGAGCUGCGGAGAUUUGUUACAGUUAUUUUCCACAUUUUGAAAGAUUCAAUCAAUUAGGGUAAGAAACUACCUACUGUUCAUCCAGCUAUCACUCCUCAUUAGAGACUUGUGUGUAUGUGGAAUCUUGCCUUUCUUAAAGACUAUCACAUUAACUCUCUGUAUUGAAUACUCCUAUAAUUAGUGUUGAGAGUCCUUGAGAUGCUUGGCUGUAUACGUCUGUGACCAUAUAUCCAAUUGAAUCCUUUUGGAAUUUUACUCUUCCAUUUGACUGUGUCCUGUUCCCCACCUAGAGCGUCAUUCAACUAAGAUUACAUAAAAGCAGUUACACACCAUAUUCUUGGGUGAUUGGUGAGCAGUCAUAAACCAGAAGCUUAUUCAAAUACUGACAUUUCCAUGAUACUUUUAUCUUUUCCCAUUUUCCUCUCCAGAUUAUAAAACACCUGAGACUUUUAAGGCAACUAAACAUAGCACAGCCUCACAGUCACAGUAUUCAUAUGUCUGCCACUAAAGAUGGUUCCUAGUUCUCAUUUUGGAUAAUGGAUACUACAGCUCAAGUGCAUGAUGGUAUUCUCAUGCUAUAAACAGUCAAGCAAGGCCCUGCCACAAAGCUAUGGCAGGGCAUACACUUAGGUCUUUUUAAAAUUGUGAAAAUUGCUUUCCUAAAGCUGGAUGUUCAGGCCAGUCUCCUGGAAGAAUUUAUGCACCGUAAGCCUGCUGUCGUCUUAUUCUUUCUUUUAUAUGCUCCUCUGAAACUUUGUACAGGUAGUUCGAAAGCACACUGUUUCCCCAUCUCCUGUGUAUGUGUGUUUGUGCACGCGUGCGUAUCUGAAGCAGAGUUGCUGUGCAAUUCAAACCUUGGUUUAUUUUUAUUCCAAGAGGGAGGUGUGGUUCUGAGGGUGGAUUUUAUUCCCUGUGCAAUACCUACUUCUCCUCUUCUAGAUCCUGUAUUAGAACACUUUGGACUGACUAUAUUUUUUGUAACUGUGUUGGAAGCUUGUGCUUCCGUUGCUUUUCUCUUUCACAAUUUAAAUGUUUUGUUGGGUUUUGCCAUUAAAAUAUAAGGAUGGAUAUUUUA